UUUUACUUUUUGCAAGGAAAUGAGUCAACAAGAUCUCGAUAUGAAUCAUGAUGAGGAAAUGAAGAAUGAAAGUUCUCCCCAAGACACACCUAAGAUUGAUGAAGAAAUGAAAGAUCAAGAAGAAGCCAAGUAUAUCAUUACCAACAAAGAUGACGAAACAGAAUGGAAGUAUAAUCCAAAGAAAUCUAAAGAAAAGACUUUACCUCCAGAUAUGAUAAUUGAUAUGGAUCCACUUCUAAAUGAUCCCAUUAGGCUUGAAAGAGUAUCUAAACUAGGCUCUGAUGUAGCUUCAAUCACCCAAAUUACAAAAUUCAUUCAGACUGAAGGCUCUGGAGAAGCCCCUGACUUAAAUGACAGGAUCGUGCAUUGCAUGGAGAUCAGGUAUUCUAAUGGAUAUCUCUAUGAUUUUCAAAAGAGAAAAGAGUCUAAAGCAGUGACUCUUGAAGACUCAAGCAGCUUCAAUUUUCUUCAAGAUUGCUUGCGUUCCAUGAAAAAGGAUGAAAUCUCUAUUUUCAAAAUUCAGUUCGGAAGUCCAGAUGACAAUUUCUACCUAAAAGAUGAGCAUUCUCAAAAAUUUCUGAAGGAAAAAGAGAGAGAAGCCAUAGAAGACAGGACUUAUAUUUUCAUGAAGCUGACAGUCAAGUCUAUUCUUAGAGACUGCAAGGAUAUCAGUUCUUCCGAGCUUAAGAAGAUCAAAGAAGAUGCUGAAGGGUUCAUUGACAAUAGGAUCGCAUUUGCUCUCAAAUGUAAAAAUCAUGCCAAGACUGCACUCACUGAAAAGUCCCUAAAUGAAGCAAUGAAGAUAUAUAGGAAAGGAGUUGGCUCUAUUAAGAUGAUUUCAGGAUCCCUAGUUAAAGAAGCGAGAGCUAAGGUGGUUGAAAGAGGCAAGGAUAAGGAAGAAGAGCUCGAGAUGAAGAUCAACUACAUGAACGAUCUUAGAGUCCAAAUCUUGCUCAAUCUUGGAUUUUGCCAUUGGAAGAAAGAAGAAUGGGAGAAAAUGAAAUCUAUUAAUUCAGAAAUUAUCCAGUUUUAUGACACUGAAAAUAUCAAAGCUCUAUAUAGAUUUUCGAUUGCUUGCAAAGAACUUGAAUGCUACGAUGAAGGCUUGAAAGCAAUGAUUACUCUUAUAAAGAUUGAGCCCAAAAACAAGGAAGCAGUGGCUCUUUAUAGAAAGCUGAAGGAGAUAUCAAAAUCCAAGAAAAAUAAAUGGAAUAAGAAAAUGGAUGGAUUCUUUGUAAAGCAGAAUCAUUCCUACCAUAAGAUUGCAGAUGAAGAACUGAAGAAGGAUAUCCUCAGAAAAAAGAUUGAAGUUGAGCUUAACUCUGAGCCCCAAUAGUGAUUUUCUC